CUGAUAUUCAGUAUAGCUCCAGAAUGCUCUUAUAUAUGGCAUGACGUGCAAUGGAGACGAAACCGAUAUUUCCCAGUGCCAGUUUACAUUACACCCCUUCAGAAUGCUGCACAUAUCCGUGGACAGUUGGACAUUGUUCAUCAUUUCUUCAUAUAGUGAAUACACACAGAGAGCAGGAGUCAUAUGUAGUAACAACCGUGUAAGGCUGGUCAGUAACGUCAACACUUACCAGGGACGAGUAGAGUUCCAGUAUUUCGGAGUCUGGGGAACUGUUUGUAAUACAAACUUUAACCAAAACGAUGCACGUGUCAUAUGCAAACUGGCUGGGUAUGACACUUUGAGUAACAUCACAAUACACACAAAUGCAACUAAGUACGGACCAGGGUCAGGUUACCUGAUUGUUGAAGACUUGCAGUGCAAUGGAACAGAGACGGACAUUGAUGAAUGUGCUUCGUACCCAUGGAAGGAAAAUUCUGCAAAAACACCGUGUGACUCGCAUUACAAUGAUGUCGGCGUUAAUUGUAGACCUGUAACACCAAUGCGCUUUGUGGGUGGAACUAACUAUUCUGGGAGAGUUGAAAUCGAGUACAAAGGAGUUUGGGGCACGAUCUGCGACAACUACUUCGAUGAAAACGACGCUAAAGUGAUAUGCAGAAUGAAAGGACUCAAUACAAAGAGCUUAGCGAUACGAACGAACGGCUUUUACGGGAUGGGGAAUGAAAGCAUUUGUUAUCAAGCCUGAACUGCCGUGGCGACGAGCCUGACAUCUCCGAGUGUAGUAUUGGGUUACCGAUGGGGCAGUACUUAUUACUUUUGUUCUCACAACAACGAUGUAGCGGUGCAGUGUAACACACCUGUUCGAGUUCGGGAAGGCCUGACAUUCUAUUCAGGUAUAGUUGAGGUUUAUAUCAACAGCGGAUGGCAGCGUGUAUGCAAAGACAAUUUUACAAUGGGCGAUGCGAUUGCGAUUUGUAAUCAGGCAGGAAAGAGAGACAAC